GAAGCAAUUAAAUGUGAAUGAUUAUUUUGGGGUUUUGAGAAGAAGGUUUUUCUUUUUUCGAAAAAACGCAUAUGAGAUUUUGCGCGUUUGUGAUGUGGACUAUAGGGCUCUGUAUCCAUGGCAACGCGACAACAAUGUAUAUAUCCUGGUAGUAUCGCUGGGAUAGCAGGUAUUACAAGGCAAGGGUUUAUUUACUGCGAAGGUGUCUUCAUCAGCUCGGUCAUCUACCAUUUCACGAGCAUUUUUUUCUAUAUAUUAUUAUAUUCAGCUUAUUUUAUCUUAUUUUAUCGAUCAAUAUAUAACAUCCGAAUGGCUGCGGUGUUCUUAUAAUAUAACUGGUAAUACCAAAAACAGUUAAUCUAAUUUGACUUUUACCGAAGCGUUUAAGGCGCAUUUUCAAAAGUUACAAGACUUCAACAUAGACAAUCCAGGGAUGGAGAACGGCGCCGCGUUCUACUAUAUGCUCCGUGCCUCUGGUCAAGGAGAAGUGUGGCGGGACUUAGGAGAAGACGACAAAUUCGGCCAGUACGGCUGGCGCUGCUCCACCAGUGAAGAUGCGUACUCCAACUGCACCCUUACUGGCAACUGGUGUGAGGAACGCUUCGACAUCCGUCGUUUAGUUCAACGGCGCCCCCUGCCGUCACAGUUUGCCCAUUACUUUGAAACGGCAUACUCAUCAAGCUACAACACAGAGAGGCACCAUUGUAUCUCUGGCUUGAAGCGUGAGGUUCACAGCUUUCCGGGUCACCAGCCUGAACUAGACCCUCCGCAUGUGAAGUGUAUUCCCAACUCCAUUUACAGAGAAGACUUCCGAGAUCCUCAGCACCAUCGGAGCAGGACCAGGGCCACAUCUGCUCAGCAGGUUCAGCCUGGAGCUGUUCCCUCCUCCCACCAGGAAGGUUAAUCCUGGUGCGAUAAUCAUCAACCUACUGUACAUUAAUCAAACCCCCAUCCAGCGGAAAAGGCGACUUUUGUGACCAAAACAUUUUGACUUGCUUGUGUAUGUGCAUUUUCCAGUGUGCAUAAUUUAUGCUGCGGGAAAACUGCUGAACAGCUGUGAGGGUCAAUAACAGAAAGGACCCCUGAUAGUUUUAAAGGCUGGAGCUUUUGGAUAUUCGUGUUUACAUGUAUGGAUACAGACCCAGAGUUUAAAUCAAACUCAUUUCGGGUCUUCUUUUGUCUAGAGGUUAUGGACUCAAUGUUGUAUGUUUCAUUAUUUAGGUGAAUUAAACCAAAGAAUUUCAGUUUUGAAAAAGAAAAUGUUGUGAAUCCCUUGAAUAAUGGCUGAUCCAUCAUCCGGUGAAGAAGUCACAGUGAGUUUGUCAUUUUUUAACCACUUUUCUUUAUUUUCUCUGUUAUUGUCACAAAUGAAUAAAGCUAUUGUGUUAACAGGGA